AUGUUCAAGAGCACCUUCCAGUCGGGCUUCCUGUCAAUACUGUACAGCAUAGGCAGCAAGCCGCUGCAAAUAUGGGACAAGAAAGUUCAAAAUGGUCACAUCAAGAGGAUCACCGAUGAGGACAUCCAGAGCUCAGUGCUGGAGAUCAUGAGCACAAAUGUCAGCACAACAUACAUCACGUGCCCGGCAGACCCCACUCGGACACUUGGCAUUAAGCUACCUUUCCUGGUUAUGAUCAUCAAGAACCUCAAGAAAUACUUCAGCUUCGAGGUACAGGUGCUCGAUGAUAAGAAUGUGCGCAGGAGGUUCAGAGCAUCAAAUUAUCAGUCAACCACGCGCGUGAAGCCCUUCAUAUGCACAAUGCCAAUGCGACUGGACGAGGGAUGGAACCAGAUCCAGUUCAACCUUUCGGAUUUCACAAGGCGAGCAUACGGAACAAAUUACAUCGAGACCCUUCGAGUCCAGAUCCAUGCGAACUGCCGCAUUCGCCGCAUUUACUUCUCAGAUAGACUGUAUUCUGAAGAGGAGCUGCCGCCCGAGUUCAAAUUGUUCUUACCAAUUCAAAAGUCAUGA